AUGGCCUCAGGUGUUGGUCCGGCGAAAGUUAGGGCCUCAAGUGGUGGUCCGGUGAAGGUAAGAGCCUUAGGUGGUGAUCCGGUGAAACUCGGCGAUGGUACGGCGAAACUCCGGCUAUGGUCUGACGAAACUCCGGCAACCUGCGAACCCGAAUCGUUGAGUCGUGCCGCGUUACCGCAUAGGCUUGGGCUGGCAAAUCUCCUCCUCGUGGUCGUUGGGGACGCUGAUGGUGUAAUAGCCGCCGGCGCUGCUCACCGCCUCAAUGCUGUGCUCCACCGCGUCGCUCUGAAAAAAGAAACCUUCAAUAUACUCGGUGAUAUUGGUGACAAAUCCAGCGCGACAGUUAUCGCAAUACACGCGGCCCUCAACUUGGAAAUGGACAUCGGUGGCAAUGGUGACGCCGGCGAGGAGGCAGAAGGCGGCGACGACAAGAGGGAAAAGUUGGAUCUUGGCCAUGUUCAUACAGUUUCUAAGGCAGGGAGGGGCUCCAACUUUCCAGUUUUUGAAUGGCACCGAGGCCGCGUCGGGCUUCCGCUUAAUUUCAAGCCAAAAGGCAUGGCGUAUCUCCUCUUUCCUCUAGCCUUAGCUUCCUUUCUGUUAUUGUCAUCCUUGUCUUCUGUAGCUGGUGGUGGGUUUGACUAUGGAGAUGCUCUCAGCAAGAGCUUGCUCUUCUUCGAGGCUCAAAGGUCUGGCAAGCUUCCGGCAGAUCAGAGAGUGAAGUGGCGUGGUGAUUCCGGACUCAAAGAUGGCUUCCUUCAAGGAGUGGAUUUGGUUGGAGGCUAUUAUGACUCAGGUGAUCAUGUGAAAUUUGGCCUACCAAUAGCUUAUUCAUUGACAAUGCUAUCUUGGAGUUUGGUCGAGUUCGAGAAAGAAAUAGCAGCUGCUAACCAACUGGAGUAUGCUCUUAAUGCUAUCAAGUGGGGCACUGAUUACUUCAUCAAGGCUCACAAGCAGCCCAAUCUCUUAUGGGCUCAGGUUGGAGAUGGAAAUACUGACCAUUACUGCUGGGAGAGGGCAGAGGACAUGACAACACCAAGAACUGCUUUUAAGGUUGAUACUGAAAAUCCAGGCUCAGAUGUUGCUGGAGAGACUGCUGCUGCAUUGGCUGCAGCUUCCAUAGCUUUCAGACCUUACAAUUCCUCUUACUCGCAGCUUCUACUGCUUCAUGCCAAGCAACUAUUCACAUUUGCUGAUACAUUUAGGGGAAAAUAUGAUGAUUCAAUCCCAGUUGUUCGGGAAUUCUAUCGUUCUUCAGGAUACGAUGAUGAGCUUCUUUGGGCUGCAGCUUGGCUUUUUGAGGCCACAGACGAUGAAGAAUAUCUCAAAUAUGUGGUGGACAAUUCUGGCUCUUUAGGAGGCACUGAAUGGGCGGUUAAAGAGUUCUCAUGGGACAACAAAUAUGCAGGCCUGCAAAUACUUAUGGCAAAGGUUUUAAAGCAAGGAGGAAGUGAAUCGUACACUGCCACAUUGAAGCAGUACCAGGCCAAGGCUGAGUUCUUCCUCUGUUCUUCACUUCAGAAGAACAAUGGCUAUAAUGUUGCCAUGACACCAGGAGGCCUGCUAUACUUUGAUGAGUGGAACAACAUGCAGUAUGUUUCAUCUUCAGCUUUUUUAAUGGCGGUCUAUGCUGACUAUCUGUCACCAACCAACUCCAAUCUCAACUGCCCUGAAGGACAAGUCACUCCUCAUCAAAUCCUUCAGUUUGCUCAAUCACAGGCUGAUUACAUUCUCGGAAAGAAUCCAAAACUGAUGAGCUACCUGGUUGGGUACCAAGGGCAGUAUCCAAUCAAUGUGCAUCAUAGAGGUGCUUCGAUUCAGUCAAAAUCUGUUCUUCCUGCUAUUGUGGGAUGCAUACAAGGCUUUGAGCAGUGGUAUGAUAGCAAAAAGGGAAACCCAAAUGUUAUCUUAGGAGCUCUUGUGGGAGGUCCUGAUCAUCAAGAUCAGUUUGUUGAUCAACGGUCCAAUUAUGAGCAAACUGAACCUGCCAUUGCUGGAAAUGCCCCUCUUGUUGGCCUAUUCGCUAAGCUGCAUUCCCUUUCACAAGGUCCAGGAUUUCUUUCAGGAGAGAAAAAAAAUCCAACCCCAAUCAUACCGAAAGGUUAUGCUGCCAAAGAGACUAAACCAUACCCUCCUACAAUAGCAAGAAGCCCUUCCCCAGUUAUUGUAAAUCCUGUAGAGUUCUUCCAUUCAAUCACUAAUACAUGGUACUCAGACAAAGGAGUUAAGUACUACAGGCACAAGGUGACUAUCAUAAACAAAAGCGGAAAGCCAAUCACCAAUCUAAAGCUGGCAAUAGAGAACCUAUCAGGUCCUCUUUGGGGACUUUCACCAACACAAGAGAAGAAUGUAUAUGUUCUUCCUGAAUGGCUCAAGGUUUUGAACCCAAACAAACCAUUCAUUUUUGUUUAUGUUCAAGGAGGACUCCAGGCAAAGAUUUCAGUAAUCAGCUAUAACUAAGCCAAAGGAUCAGUGAUUUCAUGGAAGCAAAAGGGGGAUUGUUCUUUUGAUGAUCAUCAUGAAAUAACUAUUUAUGUCUAAACUUUGUAAAACAUUCUUUUCUUCUCUUAUCUUUUAUCUAAUUUUUCAUAA